AUGGAUAUGACCAGUGACCAGAAGAAAACAUGUUUUUUUGAGGAAACUCAGAAGAAAACAUGUUGGCCCGAGUUUGUAGGCCUGUCCAUCACACAGGCAGUCCCAAGCAUUCUGAAAGACAUGCCUAACGCCGAAAUUGAAGUGCUGGCUCUUAGCUCGCCUAUGACUCAUGACUUCCGCCCCAACCGUGUCCGCAUCUUCGUCGACACCGUUGCUCAGACCCCGAUGGUUGGCUGA